CGUUACACAACAUCAAAUACAUCGCUGCCUGCUUACCUGAAGCCAAGCCCCCAUCCACGCGCCUCCGCCUCAUUUCUUGUACUCUCCCUCGUGACUUUUGCCCGCAAGAUGCAUCUCCAAACAGCCAGAGGCCGUCCCGAGUCUAUACCGCCGUCGAAAACCGGAGCAUUAAACACUUGGCCGGGGACCAUCGGACUGCUCUCCCUUGGCUUCACUUACCGGGCCAUCCUUUUUCAACCUAUGAGAGCUUACUAGGUCGCUCUAAUUGGAAUACCCGGCUGCCUGGGGUAUUCUCAUGUCGUACCAUGUUUUUGAGGUAGUACUUUAACGUGCCAGACCGAUUUCGACCUUGGCGCUCAAGCUCUAAAUGGCCCACGGAGCUCAGACACUGUACAAGACGACAGCUUGUUGACGUGAGCAUUCACCAUGUAACUACCCAUCUACCCAAGAGUACCACCAGACAAGUGGGACGAGAUGACUUGCAUGCGACUCUAGACGCCAGGAAGAUGCCGCUUGGUGACGGGCAACAACACGAGAGCGGGCGUGGGGAUGACCCAUAGGGCUGCAUAUCCCGAAACUAGGAUCUUGUCGAAGGAUGAGAUGUGCCUACUCUCUCGCAGACAUCAGAGGCUAGGUAGCCUAGUGUUGUUGCGGCGAUCUAUCAUGGACGUUGUAUCACGUACACCAGGGGGAGACUAGUUCUCACUACUUGGCCGGAGCCUUUCGCUCUAUGGGGGUAGCUAAGCUUGACAUAGAGACACAUAAGUUCUCUCUCGUCUUCUCAUAUAACUCAAGAUACCAUCUCAACGCCACCAAAACAAUAACAACACAUAAGCAUACUGUUCCCAUGUCUAAUAUAUGCCAGCUCUUCAUGUACUCUCCACGGAGUACCUCUCCAUUGCCACAGACCGAGUCUAAGCCUCGGCAGGUUUGGACGCCAGAGGAGGAUAGGCUGCUUGCUGAAGCCGUGACAAAGGAAACACCAGUCAGCGGUUCCAUCAACUGGUGCAAAGUCGCCUCCCAUCUCUCCCGACGGAACAACAAAGACUGCCGAAAACGUUGGCACUACAACGUAGCCCAUAACAUUCGCAAGGGCACCUGGACCAGAGAGGAAGACCAAAGGCUGCGCAAAGCCUUUGACAGUCACGGCCCACGCUGGAGCAAGGUUGCUCAGGUGGUGGGUUCACGCAACGGAGACCAGUGUUGGAAGCGCUGGUAUGAUUGUCUUGACCCCAAGAUUGAUAGAAGUCCGUGGACGCCGGAAGAGGAUAUCCUCCUUCUUCAAACCGUUUCCCAACGAGGGCGCAACUGGACCGAGAUCGUCAACACUCACUUCCCCAACCGCACCUCUCUAGCCGCCAAAAACCGUUAUAGUAUUCUCCGCCGCAGACAGAAAUCUGCUUCUUCUUCUGCUCCAUCCCCUUCUUCCUCUCGCUCCAGGUCUUCAACACCCGACAUCAUCAGACCCAGAACCAAGAAGACCACUAUCACCACCACCACCACCACCACCACCACCACCACCACCACAGCAACAACAACAAAAGCGAUUCCGAGCCCUAUGUCGAUGACAAACACCGAGUCUACUUCCACCCAAGGGUCCGGCCUUGGGUUUCUCCUUCCACCAUCAACACUGUCAACGGGGACGUCCUCAUUCCCGACGAUGACGACGACGACGACGACAGCGGAUGCCUCUGGUUUCGAGUUAUUUUCUUUCGAAAACAACAACGGCUACAAGUUUUCGGAAGACUAUGCUUGGGGUUCUUGCGCUCCUGCUGAUCUCAUGGCACAUGUAUCAGCGGGACCUAUGAGUAUGGGUUAUGCCUCGACUUCUACUUCCUCACCUUCCCCUUCGCCAUCCUCGUCGUGGUCUUCAUUCUCUUCGUCGUCACCAUCGCCACAAUCGUUGUCGCUGAACGGCAUAUAUAUGCCUGUGGUCAAUCAGGGCUUAGUCUUCAACUUCCCAAAUGUCCCGGCAACGCAACAAGCACAACAGCAACAACAGUUUGAGUUCAUCGUUCAGACCCCCACUCCGGGAGGAACAGGACCCCCGGUAGAGUAUGCGAGUUGGUGCGAUAAUUCGAGACUGUGAUGAUGGAGUAUUUUGUACUCUAUCUGCGUCGAGUAACGGAGUCUUGGGGGGGUGGCGUUGAACAGGGAUUGAUGGCGGG